AUGGAAGGGGAAUAUUUAUUUCUUUUGCAGUCAGAGGCUGUGGCGGCGGCUACUGAGGGCACUUCCAAAAAUGUGUUUCUUAAAAGGGGGAGAGACAGACAAGGAGGGAGAGCGAGCGAGAGGGAGGACAGAUAAGGUUUCAGGUCUAGGCUGAUAGCUACAAGCAAGGGGGAGAGGAUCGGGGUGGGUUUUUCUCCCCCUCGCUUGCUGAUGCCAUGCAAAUUUAGGAGAGGAGGGAAAAAAACAACAACAUCCAACAACCCCUCUUUUAAUGACUCAUUGAUUGAGCCGGUUUAAAAUUAGUUGUUGUUUUGUUCGUGCUUUUUUUUUUUGGCCGCCCCUUUGGUGGCCAUCAAGAGAGGGAGAGAAAGAGGAGUGUGUAUGUGUGAGGUGUGUGUGUAUGUGUGUGUGUCCCUAUGUGUGACCGACUCUGUGUGUGUGUGUAUGCGCAUGUGGAAGAGGGGGAUCGAGAGUGUGUGUGAGGGAGAAAGAAAAAUAAUCUUUUCAAAUCUCCUCCCUCUUUUUUCCCCCCUCGUUUCUUUGCUUUUCUCUAAAGCUCUCUGGUGUGUGAAGCAUUUUUUCUUCCUCCUCCUCAGGAAAAUGGAGACGCUUCGUCUUCUCUCUCCUGAACGUGAGGCUGCCAAGGAUUUUUUUCUUUUGCAUUCCUGCUUGGAUUUGUUUUCUUCUACCAUCUCUUCUCAUCUCGUAAUAAUUUUCACUGCAUUCCUAGCAUGGGCUACGCUUUUUGACGGGGAUUUUCCCCCCUCCGUUAAUUUUGUUUGUGUGGGCAUUUUCUUUCGUUGUUUAUUCGGGUUUUUGUCUGCAGUUUCCUCCGAUCUCUUGCCUGUGCGUCAUUGUUACGAGGAAUGGAAAUGGUGAUUGUUUCGGUACAUGUAAUUCUAGUUGUCAUGGAUGAUGAUGAUGAUGAGUCCUGUCUCUUUGAUCUUAUUGGAGAUGCACAGGCACUGAAUUAUUUCCUACAUGGAGCGGGCAGUAAAUCUAACAAUGAAGACUUGACUAAUGCAGGAUAUUCUGCAGCCAACUCAAAUUCUAUUUUCGCCAAUACCAGUAGCUCUGAUCCGAAGUCAUCAAUCAAAGGUGUGGGUGGUCAGCUCGGUGAGGGGCCUAGUGAUGGACUACAAUUGCCAAGUAGCCUUCAGUUUCUUGAUGAUGAACUUGAAUCUUCUCCAUUGCCUGAUCUCAGUGAAGAUCAGCCUUUUGAUAUCCUUCAGAAAUCUCUGCAGGAAGCUAAUAUUACUGAACAAACUUUGGCAGAAGAGGCGUAUCUGGAUGCCAACAUAGGCUCUAAUCAACAGUUUGCACAAGCUCAGCUUCAUCCUUCCUCAUCAGCAUCUUUUACUCAGGCUUCUAAUGUUUCUAAUUACUCAGGGCAGACGCUGCAACCUAUAGGAGUUACUCAAGUGGUACAGCAACCAGUUGGAGCAUCUUUCGCAAGCAAUACAGUUGGUGUGCAACAUGGCUUUAUGCAACAUGUGGGAAUCAGUGUUCCCAGCCAGCAUUUGUCAAACAGUAGUCAGAUUGGUGGUUCUGGACAGAUACAGUUAAUUGGUUCAUUUAGUAAUCAGCCUUCUAUGAUGACCAUCAAUAAUCUUGAAGGAUCUCAUAUUAUUUUGAAGGGUGGUGGUCAGCAAACACCUGCAAACAUGAGCGGUGGACUCUUGGUUCAUAGGCAAACUCCUAAUGGUAACUCCUUGUUUGGCAGCUCAAAUUCAAGCCCAGUAGCACAACCUGUCACUGUUCCAUUUAACAGUACAAAUUUUCAAGCAUCUUUGCCUGUGCAUAACAUUAUUAUUCAGAGGGGUCUUGCUCCAAAUUCUAACAAAGUUCCUAUCAAUAUUCAACCAAAGCCUAUUCCAAUGGGCCAGCAAACCACUUACAAUGUGAAUAGCUUGGGACUGCAGCAGCAUCAUGUGCAACAAGGAAUUCCUUUUGCUUCAUCAAACUCGCCUCAGAAUUCAGUAGUUGGUCCACAUAUGUCUGUUAAUAUUGUUAGUCAACAAAAUACAAGAAAAUCUGUUACCCCCCAAGCAGUAAGUAAUGCCAGUGGUAGUAUUGUUAUUCAUUCUCCUAUGGGACAGCCUCAUGCACCUCAAAACCAGUUUCUUAUACCCACAAGUCUGUCAGUAAAUCCUAAUUCAGUUCACCACGUCCAGACUAUAAAUGGACAGCUUCUUCAGAAUCAGCCUUCACAGCUUGUUUCCAGCCAAGUACCCACUGAGCACGUUAUGCUGAACAGGAACUCCACAAACAUGCUUAGAACAAAUCAGUCAUAUUCAGGACAGAUGCUGAAUAAUCAGAAUGCUGUGCAAUUAGUUUCUGGUCAAACAUUUGCAGCUCCUGGAAGCCAAGUUAUAGUAAACCAUGGGACUUCUCAAAUUGUUAGUGGCCAGGUUCCACUACAACAGGCAUCUCCUGCUGUGUUGCAUUUAUCCCCUAGCCAAGGGAACAUUUCCCAAGGUAGAACGGGCUUUACAACAAUGUCUCCUGGGCAAUCAUCAAGUUCAAAUAUGUCAUCAAGCAACCGAUUUGCUGUUGUGAGUUCUGCUGCAGUACAUCCCAACAUUGGUCCAUCAGUCCAGUCUGUGGCAUCAGGAGGAAAUUUUGCUGGAGAUCAACUUACACAGCAAAAUAGAAUGCAGUUAUCUGUUAGUGUAUCACAUCGUCUUCCAGUUUCUUCUUCCAAAGCUGUCAACACCUUUAGUCACACUUCAGUAACACAACCACAGUUUUCCUUUGGCCAGGCUCAAAAAAAGGUUACGAACCUGACAUCUUCAGUUUCAUCAGCAAAGUCACAGGACAGCCUGAGACAGCCUCAGCUAUCAAGUCUUCUAGGUAAUACAUUGUCAGGACAAGACACUGGGGGAAAAAUCAUACAACAGACAAUAGGAACAGCACUGCCACACCAGGAAAAAGCAGUAGGAUCAUCUCUUGCCCAAUCGAAUGUACAGGUGGAUGGUCAUACAAUAGGACAAAAGAGGCCUGCUGCUAAACAGCUAACAAAAGGAGCUUUUAUUCUACAGCAGUUACAGAAGGACCAGGCACAUGCUGUGACUCCUGAUAAAAGUCAGUUCAGAUCUUUAAAUGAUGCAGUCCAGCGACUUCUCUCAUAUCAUGUAUGCCAGGGAUCACUGCCAACAGAAGAGGACUUAAGGAAAGUGGACAACGAGUUUGAAUCUGUAGCCACACAGCUUCUGAAAAGAACACAAGCUAUGUUAAAUAAAUAUAGAUGUCUGCUCAUGGAAGAUGCAAUGAGGAUAAAUCCUUCUGCAGAAAUGGUCAUGAUUGACAGGAUGUUUAACCAGGAAGAAAGACAAACUCUGUCCCGGGAUAAGCGUCUUGCAAUAGUUGAUCCUGAUGGUUUUCUGACAGAUUUUUGUUGUUCCUCCACGCAAUUGGACAAGUUUGUUGAUGAAACACAGCCUAGUAAAAGCGAUCAUCAAUCCAGCAAACCUUUAUCUUCUCAGAACCAGACUGCUAAUUCCCAAAUCAAAGACAGGCCAAGUCCGAGCACAACUGAGUCUUUAAAUCACAACAAACUUCAUGUAGUGCCUAACAAUAUUGUGAGUUCACAACAAGGAAGCGUUUCUGUCAAAAAAUCAGAAAGCCUCACAAAAGCUUUAACGUUUGAGAAAUCAAGCUGCUCUCCUAAAUGCCACCAUAUGGCUGCUUCUGAACAAAACAUAGCUUGUAAAGACCCUGACAAAUCUGAUGAAAACUCAUUAAGUUCUGAAGAUGAUUCAUCAAAAACCUUAUCAAGUGCAGAUCGCGCUACACGUAAUACAGCAUGUCGGAAUACAGUUGAUUCUAACUCAGAAACAACAUAUAAUCAUUCCCUCCAAGAUAAAACUCCUCGGAGUUCUCCAAAGAAUGAAGAUUUGCAUCCAGAUAACUUGAAAGGUUCUGGGAAACCCCAAAAGGAUUUGCUGCUCAAUAAGAGUUUAGAGACUACAUUCAAAAACAUAUUGGAACUGAAAAAGACUGGGAGGCAGCCACAAAAUGAGGCAGCUGGAAGUGGCUCCCUAGAUUUAGAAUAUCCAAACUUUUCACUUAUCGCUUCACAAGAAAACUGCCUGGAGAAAUUUAUUCCAGAACACAGUGAAGGUGUUGUAGAAACUGAUUCUCUUUUAGAAGCCGCUGUAAAUAGUAUCUUAGAGUGUUAAUAGUUGCAGUACCAUGGACAUAUUUCUCAUAGAAGCAAAUGUGAAUGACACCACAAGUUCAGCUGACAUAUGUCAAAGGUUACCUUUCUAAAGUAGAUUUUGUUCUGUGUUUGAGAGCAAUACUCAUUGUGGUUACAGUGAGGUACCCCAGUAAGAUAAAUUCUUAAGAGAAAGCUGUCUAGUAGGGAAUAAACUUUGGUUGCAUUUGGGCAUAAUGUUAAACUAUGUAUUAAGGCACAAUCCUGUACAGGGUUUUUUUUUAAAGACCUUCACCUCCCCAGAACACUGGGAUAUGCUGGAGAAUUGUAUGCCUUUUUAGGCCUAAACAUGGAUAGGAUUGCACCCUUAGUGUUAGAAGAGUGAGCCUCAGUGAGCCUCAGGUUUGCAUGUCUUCCUUCUCUGGAAUGGCUUCAAGGAGGAUUUAGAUUAACUGUAAUUUAGCAUGGCAUCCAAAUCCUAAAUCUUAACUAUGAUUAAUUGAAACAAAUCAGUUUUAUAAUUCAUGGUCUGAUGCUGGAUUUCUUCCAUUAACCAUAGUUAAAUUUAAGCACAAUUUGUCCAGGUUUGGAGGACACAAUAAAUUGUAGUUGAUCAAAAAAGGCUUCCAAACUCCUCAUUGAGGCCUGUGGUUUAACAUUAUGUCCAAACCAACACAUUAUGAUAGUGAUAAUGAGAAUUGUUUUAAUGUUGGUUAAUGAGACUGCAAUUCCCUAGGCUGUAUGUAACAAGGUAACAUACUGACAAUCACAGUCUAGUAACAGAUGUAUUAAAUUAAAUGUCAAGAAUUUACAUGUAAUACAACCCCGACCACCACCUUGCUGUUCACCCAGCUCCCAUCACUUGAUUUUAAGAUGUAAUGCUUGUGGUUAAAAAUCCCAUUUGUACCUCCUUUGAAAAAUGCCUGUCUCUCAGAUUUGGAAGAAACAGAAAAACUGGAAGGAGAGAAAUUGUCAUUAGGUGUUUACAGGGCUUUAUACUUUAAAAGUGCUUUUUAUUGCUCCAUGAGCAGAAACAAAUACAUUACAGAAACAUUUGGUCUAUGGAAUGAAUCUGUAGAGUUUUAAUCACCAUGGUAUGGCAUGAAACAAUACGUGCUAGCCUAAGAAGCUAGUUGGUGGAAAAUUGUAAAAGAAGCAGCUAUGACAUAACCACAACAUUAUGUAUAUAAAUACACACACACGCAUAUACACAAUCAUACUUCAAGGAAAGCGUUUUCACUUUAUAAUUGGAUCUCAUCAAACCAUGUCUUUCUGAAGUGGUAAAAUGUUUUUCUAGAUCAAGUAUGACAAGCACUUUUUUUGGGGAAAAUUGUUUUUUUUAUAAUAGUACUUUAUACUUUGCAGAGAUGUUAGCCUUAAUCUGAACAAUUCAAAGGCCAGUGUUGGAUUUUGUUUUAGUAUUUGCUGCUUCUGCUUCUUGCCAUUCAACAAAGUUAGUCAUUUGCAGCAGCAGUUUUAAUGACCAAAAUAUGUACAAACCAAAGUUAAUCUGCUGUCCCAUUAAUAUAUAGGCAUGUAAUUCAUAAUCUUAGAGCCAAAGGAACCCCAUGCAUUGUUUGCAUUUGGCUGGUGGAUAUGUUGAACAAUAUAACAAUAUUAUUUUAUUUAUUAUUUUAAUCAAUGGCAUUCUCCUUCUAUGCUGCCAUGCUGGGUUUGUGUGUUUGCUUGUGUGCGUGUGUAUUUAAAAUAUAUAAGCCUACUUCAGUGCUGCUAGGUAUAUUGGGUUUGUGCCAUUAGUAAAGGGAUGUAGCAUCUAUGACUGCUCAAAAAGACAGGUACGUGGUUUGUAAGGUAAAUGCUUAUCACCUGGUUCAUACAUAGCAACAGUGUAAGUUGAGUAUGGGCUGUUUUUGAAUUGUGGGUUGUGGUUGAAUCAUGGAAUGUCAUUACAUGCGACCUUGUACUAUGGUUCAACGAUGAGGUAUUGAAACAUAACUCAAAAGUUUACAAACCAUGGUUUGUCUUCCUGGCUUGUUCAUCCUUAACAAGCAUAGUUAAACCAUAGCAUGGGAUUUGCACAUAAUGGCAACCCACAAUUCAAAAGCCCCAUAUAGUCAACCUUUACUCUGAAUUGUCAUGCACAAACCAGGCCAUAGCUUCCCCUUACAGCCCUAUUUAAAAACUUCUUAGUUGACUUAAUCAUAGCCUGGAGGCACUAUAGCCUUGACACAAUGGCUCUUAUGUAUAUAAAGGCAUGAGUGUGCAUUUGAAAAUGAAGCAUUCCCUGAUCCUGAGUUGAAUGAGGGAACUCCCUCUUGCAUUAAUCUGUGGACACCCUGGGACUCCACAGUGCAGCAACAGUGACAAGCUGUGGUUGUCAGUCAGAUUGCCAGAAUGCAAAGGGAAGAAAAGGGCUGAGUUUUGCUUUGUUUCCUCCAAGCUGAUUGUAAAGUAAGAGCCAUUUUCUGCUGUCUUUAAUCAACACUAAAUUCUACCACCGUCCUUGAGUUGAGACAGCAUCACUGUAGAAUAAUAAAAGAAUCAAAGUCAGCAAAAUAGUAGUAUUUACUAUUCAAACUUGCCUUGAAAGAAACAGUAAUAUAGAGGGGGUUCCUUUAUUUUUAUCUCCACUUUUUGUUUUAAAAAGUGUACUGCUUUUACCAUUACAAAAUUGUAAGCCCCUACAUUCCAUGGCAAUUAUUGUUUGAAAGACUUAAAAGACCUGACAUUCAUUUCGAUUCAUAUUUUUAGAGGUGAGUACUUGUUUCCUUAUAAAUGAUAUAGACAGCCUUUGCUUUUCGCUCAAGAUUCCCUCAAGGAAAAAUUAUUUGAACUGUAACCAUAAUGAGAAUGUCUAGAAAGGCAAGGUGUACGUUGCACCAGUCAUAUACAUAAUUUAAACUAGUAUCUGAUUGGAAGAAUGAGAAAUUGAACUCCCAUACCAUGGAUCCACCGUCUCUUGUUUUUAUUGGAGAGUGUAAUAUCUGUACAGAAUAUUCUGAACCUAAAUACCAAAACAAAGCCUAUACAUUUUGAAUCUUAUGUGAGAGUUUACUUUUAGAUAAAGUUUUAGCCAAGGCAUCUGAAAUGCACUUCAUCAAUGUGGAUUAAACAAUACUUAUAUUUAUCCCAGCAUUUUAUGUUGGGAACCCACUGAACAAAGUUCAGCUAAAUUAACCUGGGGUAGCUAAUGUAUUUUAUUUAUUAAAAUGAACUUGUUUUUAGAGCUCUGAAUAUUUUAAUUGGUAAUGCAGUAAAAAUAUUUUUGUUUGUUGUAAAAAAAAGUGUGAAUUUGUUAUGCAGCCCAUGGUCCUGAAUCCAGAAGAUCAUUUAUUUGUGCUUAACUGCUUUGUAGGAGUGGUCUCUUGACUUCCUGGAUGUCUUUCCAUAUUGUCUAAGACUAAAACAAACUUUUUGCUGGCAACUAUGAGAAAUAACUGAUUCAACAAGGUCAGCAUAAUUGAUUUGUUAGAUUUGGGAGGCCUUACAGACUGACUUUACUGAAAGAGGAUUUGUCACUUAUUGUCAGUGUGGUAUGGACUUUUAUUUGCUUAAAUACUUUCAUUUGUAUAGUAUGUCUCACUUGAAAUUGCUUUGUAUACAUUUUGUAAAAAUAUUUAUAAAAUGUUUUGUAAAAAAAGUAUAACAAAUUGCAGUUUAUUUUGUUAUGUUGGAUAAAUACUGUUAAAAAACACACGUUGGUAAAAUAUAUUGUUAACCCAUGGAUAGGAAAUGUUUAGCUGAAGACUACAGAUUGAAACAACCAUUGCAAUACAGCCAAAGAUUUGGGAAAAAUA